AUGAGUGGUGACGAUUACAGGACUAGUGAUGACGAUGAUGACACCCAAAAGAGGUACACAAGGCCGGUAUUUGUGAGUGAACUCAAGAGGAAAGCGUACACCAGGAGGACUAGCCAAGCCAAAGACCACCACCCAUGUAACAGGACCGUAAAACGGCCGCAACCUCACAGAGAAGACACGCAAAGUACCACCAUACGGCUGGUACCGGCAACCAUAGACAGACCAACUCGCCAGAAGAAGAAAAAAAAAAGCGCGAGCACAAUCACUCAUGGCACCGCGCUCUUCGAGUACGGAGAAAGCAUAGCAGGUUACAGGUGCGUUACCACCGAGAGCGAAAUGAACCGCUUGAAACAGAAAGAUGAAAGCGAAAGCUCUAGUGACAGCGAAGUGGACAUUUUCGCCUUUGAUCAGGUAGAUGACGCUGACUGCAAGCUUGAAACUGAAGAACGGCACGCACAGGCCAUCCGACGGUACUGGCGCAGGACGAAGGGCGAGCCUGCCGUGUUGCCACUGCCGGACACGCCAACCCUGGCGGUUGCCAGUCCCGAUAUUAUCGACGAGCAUAGCGUAAAACGAUUCUACACAAUGAGCGCUACCCUGGUGCAUGCAGAACGCCAGGACCUUAUCCGUCGCGACAGAAUACGUUGGCACCCGGACAAACACCGUUCUCACAAGGCAAAAGUCACAAAGUUGUUUCAGGUAAUUAACAGCUUGUGGGAGCAAGAACAAGAACGAGCAACAGAUCUAGCCCGCCGCCGCACCGGGGUCUAG